AUGGUUUCCCAAGAGGAAACUUUUACCCCAUCGCUACAAAAGCCCCAACAACCUGCCCUGCCCUUUAUGAAACUCAACGCUGCCAGAUUUACCUCUCCUCCUGAUCAAGCACCGGCUCCCAAGAUCCCGCGCCUAUGGGCUGCAGGGAACACCCCGCGCGUCGAUGGUGCCAAUCCUCCAGUGAAACAUCAGGGUCACAACCAGAGUCAUCACAAUCUGGACAUUACAGGGGUUGUUCAAGUUACUUUAAAGCGCGUGUUUCCUCCUGGCAUCAUUCCUCCCAAAGGAGCUAUGGCUGGGAUAGGAGUGCAGAUUGAGAUGAAAGAAUUAGAGGAUGAGCCAGGCCAGUUCAUUCAUGUUGUUCGAAAGCUUGCUCCUGGAGGAACAGCAUACGAAAGCGGGAAUGUUUUUGUUGGAGACAUCAUAUUAGCAAUCCAGGGAACCUCUGUUGAAAACCAGCCUCUGAGCACAGUGAUUCAGGCAAUCACUGGACCGCAGGGCUCCGAUGUCACGCUCAUUCUUUUCCGUGAAGCAGCAGAAAAUACAGCUCAGCAAGCAAUUCAAGCUUGA